CCAAUAUACAAGAGUUGGGGAACACUCAGAAACCUUCUACUAUAGCUUAGGUGCGCCCACCAAGUUCGUAGACGCUAAUUGCACCUAAAGAGCAUCUCGCCAUGCAGCAACUGCAGCAUGUAGCAAAUUCUAUUUGUAGCAGAUUACUGCCAGCUCUCUGCUCAGCUUCUUUUGGGGGUCCGGCGUCGCGCGGCGCAUGCAUAUCGCCUGGCAUCGCGGCGCUGCAAGCUCGCUGCAUAUCCACGCUGCAAAAUGGCUUGCCGGCCACUGUUACAAUUUACGAGGUUGGGCCUCGCGACGGCCUCCAAAAUGAACCGAAGACGAUUCCCACCGACGUCAAGGUCAACUUCAUCAACAUGUUGACGGACGCAGGUUUCAAGGCCAUCGAGGCAACCAGCUUCGUAUCCCCCAAGUGGGUUCCGCAGCUAGGGGAUGCCCGGGAGGUGAUGGCACGCAUCCGCAAGGCGCCCGGCGUGCAGUACCCCGUGCUCACACCCAACAGCCAGGGUCUGGCGGGCGCGCUGGCUGCUGGGUGUCGCGAGGUGGCGGUGUUCGCGUCGGCUAGCGAGACCUUCAGCAAGCGCAACAUCAACUGCAGCAUUGAGGAAAGCCUCAAGCGGUUUGAGGCGGUCGUGAGCGCGGCUCGCAAGGAGGGUGUGGCGGUGCGCGGCUACGUGUCGUGUGUGGUGGGCUGCCCCUACCAAGGCCACGUGGACCCAGCUGCAGCGGCCGCAGUGGCGGGAGCCCUGUACGAUAUGGGCUGCUAUGAGGUCUCUGUUGCGGACACGAUCGGGGUGGGCACGCCUGCUUCUAUGGAGGCCAUGCUUAAGGAAACCGCUCGCUACAUCCCACUUGACCGCAUCGGCGUGCACUGCCAUGACACGUACGGCAUGGCCAUUGCCAACAUCCUGGCAUCCCUCCGCAUGGGAAUCAGCAUCAUCGACUCCUCGGUAGCUGGCCUGGGCGGCUGUCCUUACGCACGCGGCGCGACAGGCAACGUGGCUACGGAGGAUGUGCUGUACUUGCUGAAUGGGUACGGCAUCCAGCACGGCAUUGACUUUGAUGCCGUACUGCGGGCCAGUGAGUACAUUACUAAUGCGUUGGGUCGGCCAAACGGUUCGCGAGUGGCGAAUGCGCUGCUGGCGAAGCGAGCGGAUGAGGCGCGGCGAGCAGCGGCGAAGGCGGAGAAGGAGAAGGCGGAGGCUGCAGGGGCGGCUUGAGUGAUACCGGUAGUGGCUGCGGAGAAAGAGAGGGAGGGGCGUGAAUGAGUGGAGGGUUGCUGAAAAUCUAAUUGUUUGUUGCCCAAGUUGGUUGUCAUAGGUUGCCGGAAGGUAAUUGUGGGGGGAGGUAGGGAUGAAGCUAAAGAGGACACGGUAGGCAUGUUCAGGAUGUGAAUUGCUGAAGAAUGCAGGGGUUAGGUCGCGCCCAUAGCCACGGUAUUUGGCGUCUGUGCCAAAGGACCUCAAGCAAGACCGCUAGUUGUUGCAACGACAACCAUAAUUUUGUCAUGGUGGUGAUUCGAGUAAGUUACGUUAGUACGGUGGUUGCAGGGCGCGAUGGCGUUUUUGGACCGGCAUAC